UAGUUCACGGUAGCGUAAGAACAAUGCUUCUAAGAGAGGAGCAUAUUACAAUUUUGAAAGAGCCUGAUUCGAAAUUUAUUGGAUACGUAUCUCCAAAAGAAGGCACUGGGGAAGCAAUCCAGCAAGCAAUAGUAAGCUUUUUGAAUACCCAAAAAUAUUGCUUAAACGAACUUGUAGCUAUAAGCUGUGAUGGUACAGCUGUCAAUACUGGAUAUAAAAUUGGAGUAAAUGCACAAAUGGAACGUUAUUUACAAAGGCCCUUGCAGUGGAAUGUGUGUUUGUUACAUUUCAACGAGUUGCCUCUAAAAAAGUUGUUAACGCAUUAUAUUGGCAAGCAGAAAGGACCUGGUGUUUGGCCAGGGGUGUUGGGGUCUGAAAUUAUGACUUGCACCAAAUACCCGGUUGUAAGUGGUUUUGAGGCUAUUGCUAUGGGAGUUAUUCCUGAAAAUAUUGGCUCUUGGGAAUUACGCAAUGAUCAGCGUUAUUUAUUUGAUAUGGUUUUGGCAGUAAAUAAUGGUAUUUGCUGGAUACGCGAACUAUCAAAUGCUAAAAUAUAUUAUUAG